UGAAUUCUUCUUGUUAUAUAUCUUGUAUUUGUAGAAACUUAAUUUAUUUCAAUGAGACAAAUAAUAUUUGUAAAAAUAAGAAAAACAUAAAUCUAAAUUACAAUACUAAAAUAAAUUGAUAUAGAAAAAUUGUAGAGUCAAAAUGGCAAAUCUCUUUUCUUAAAUCUUUAAACUUCCCUUAGUGUGAUGUUUUUAGAUACAACUGCUGUGUUUAUAUCUUCCAACAUCAAAGAUAGAGUCUAUCGAAUUUUUCUAUAUGUUGUACUUUCAGACAUACAAAAAACUAUAAACUAAAAAAUAAAAGCACGUGAAGGAUUUGGACAAACGUCUUCGUCCGAAAACUUACAGAGAAAUGGUCUUAAACCAUUUUGUUAAAAACGAUUUCCUACAGCGUUGAGAUAUAGAGUAUAGUUCAAAUUUGGUUAAUUAUAUGUUUUCAUAAUCUUAUCUUAAUUUUGUUCCCAAAAUCAGUUAUAAAAGCUAUAAAGUGAUAUGAAAUAUAAGAUUAAAGAAGAUUUUCUUUUAUUAAUUAUUAAUUUUUGACAGCAGAUCUUACUAACCAUUAAUAGAAAAGAAAGAUAGGAUAUAAUUUAAUAGAAUCACUACAUGUCACAUUUUAUCAUAUAUCAGACUUAAAUUUGGAGUUAUCUUUGGACAAUGAAUUAAAAGAUUUGAACUAAGUUAAUGACUAAUUUAAAUCUAUUUAGUGAUAAAUUGUUUAAGCUAAGUAAAAUUGUGACUAAUUUAUCUUAUUAACUAAGCUAAAUCAAUUUGGUGACAAAUGGCUAAGCUAAACACAUUUUGUGUCUAACCCAAAAUGACUUGGAGACAAAUGGUUAAAGGUUAAUAAAUUUAAUGACAAAUGUUUAAAUUAAUUUAUGAUUAAACUUCCUAAAUUUUUCAUAUAAAUAAAAGUCUGAUCUCUCUAAUACCAAUAUACUCACAUAAUAAUCUUACUCAAGAUAAGCUUUCACAUACAAAGUUCUAGCAAUACCUCAAAUCUUUUUGAAAUUCAUCAAUGUCGGUUCUUUCAUCUCGGACAGGACGAGAUCGUCAACGUUACGACAACAACUUCCGACUCGUUUCUGGAUGCAUUCCGUAUCGUCUGAUCAAAGACAAGAAACUUGAAGAAGACACAAGUGUUGACUUUGUAAACAAGCUUCAAGUUCUCAUGGUUUCAUCUCCUAAUCGUCAUGAUCUUGUCUUCCCAAAGGGAGGAUGGGAAAAUGAUGAGACCGUUCUUGAAGCUGCUUCUCGCGAAGCCAUGGAAGAAGCUGGAGUUAAAGGAAUACUUAGAGAAGUUCCUUUAGGAGUUUGGGAAUUUAGAAGCAAAAGUAGUAUUAGUACCAAUGCGGAGGAUGAAUCUUUUGGUGGAUGCAAAGGCUAUAUGUUUGCAUUAGAGGUAACCGAAGAACUCCAGGAAUGGCCAGAACGUGGGAAUCGCCAAAGAAAAUGGUUGAAUGUUAAAGAAGCACUAGAGCUGUGUCGGUAUGAGUGGAUGCAGAGAGCACUUGAAGCGUUUUUGAGAGUAAUGCAAGAAGAAGAAGGAGGAAAAUAGAGAACAAAGGAAGAGACAAUGCAAGAUAAUUCUUCAAGGUAGAGGAGAAUUGAUGAUGUUCGUUUUAAGUUGAAAUAUGUAUCAGUGUUUUUAAUUUUAGCCUAAAAUAAAACUUAUCUAGACGACUCAUCCAUGUGAGUUUAAUUGGUGUAUUGGGAUGGAGAUGAACUUGUUCAAAAUAUUAAUGAAAAAUCUAUCCUUAUUCUAAUAUA